GGUCUGGAAGGACAUGGCAUGGACGAGCUGAGGGCGGAAAACUGGUGGAAAUCUCUCAAGAAAGUUGGAAGUAAGGCAGGGACAAGUUCAGAAAACUAGCUGGCGGACACUGCGCGUUUAAAGACAUCUGAUGGAUUAAAAAGUGAGUUCCAUUUUGUUGAAGAUCAAUCCCUUUUGGACAGCAGUGCUGAUCGUCACGCUUGUUCACCACACCCAUUCCCUCCAUCGGUGUUUGUGAACCCACUCCGGACAGCUUGCAGCAGGGUCUUUCCUGAGCAGCAGCAGCUGCGUCCUGCUUGCUGACUCUUCUCCCUUCCCCACUUCCUGUGCUUGGUCAGAACAGGGUAGAGCCUCCCCUAUUUUUCCCACCUCAUCUCAAACGCUGAAUUAGUUGUUCACAUUAAUUGUACACUCAGGACUACUGAAAGUAAUCAAGGAGGGCCUCUUGAUCCCUCAGCAGUGGGCAGUCUCCACUGACGUCCUCCCUGUCAACCUUCACUAGUCUCAAGCAUGACUUCCAUGUCCAGUCUAUUUUCCUUCACAAGUCCAGCAGUCAAGCGCCUGCUUGGCUGGAAGCAGGGAGAUGAAGAAGAGAAAUGGGCAGAAAAGGCAGUGGACGCUCUUGUAAAGAAGCUAAAGAAGAAGAAAGGGGCAAUGGAGGACCUGGAAAAAGCCCUGAGCUGCCCUGGGCAGCCCAGCAAAUGUGUUACCAUUCCAAGAUCACUGGACGGCCGGCUACAGGUUUCUCACCGCAAAGGUCUGCCACAUGUCAUCUAUUGCCGGGUGUGGCGGUGGCCAGACCUCCAGUCUCACCAUGAGCUCAAGCCCCUGGAGGUGUGCGAGUAUCCAUUUGGCUCCAAACAGAAAGAGGUCUGCAUCAACCCGUAUCACUACAAGCGAGUGGAGAGUCCUGGGCUGAUACCGGCGGUAUAG